GCGGAGUAGAGAGUUAGGUCUGUGGCCAAGGAAGCUUUUUGCGGCCGGAGAGGUUCCGAGGCACGCAUGGGGCUAGGUCUACGCUCUCCCCGCAGGGUGGGGUGCCGGUUCCCAGCUGGUUGCAAACAGGGUCGUGGGGCCAAGGGGUCUAGACGUCCCUCACCAGGCAGCGAGCGGCAACCCCGGCCGCCUCCGGAUGGGCGCUCGGAUUCGCACCCUCACCUGAGCCCCGAAGCUCUGGGAUAUUUCCGUCGGGCGCUGUCCGCGCUGAAGGAGUCUCCCAAGACUCAGGAAGAACGAGAACUGAUGGUGCACAAUAUUUUGAAGGAAGUGGAGGCUCAGGCCUUAGCCUUGUCCACAAACAGGACUGGCAGUGAGAUGCUGCAGGAACUGUUGGGGUUCAGUCCAUUGAAACCAUUCUGUCGAGUUUGGGCUGCUUUGCGUUCGGACUUGCGCUUUGUGGCUUGUCACCGGUGUGGGGUCCAUGUAUUGCAAAGUGCUUUGCUGCAGCUGCCUCGAUUGCUGGGGAAUCCAGAGAAGGAGGAGGAGGAGGAGGAGGAUGGGAAGGAUGGUCCCAUGGAGACCCUGGAGGAGCUUGUUCUGGGACUAGCCGCUGAGGUGUGUGAGGAUUUUCUUUUCUACUGUGGAGACACACAUGGCAGCUUCAUGGUGAGAACUCUGCUGCAGGUGUUAGGAGGGACUAUCUUGGAGUCUGAGAGAGCCAGGACCCGUGGCUCCCAAUCACCUGAAGCACAAAAGGUCCCAGCUCGGGAAUGUAAGCCAACUGAUUUUGAGGUCCCUGAAACCUUCGUGAAUUGCCUUCAGGACCUGAGUUCCUGCUUUUUGAAGGACAUUGCUGUGUUUAUCACCGACAAGAUCUCCAGUUUCUGCCUUCAAGUGGCCCUACAGAUUUUAUACCGCAAACAGCCUCAGUUCUGUGCCCAUCUCUGCAAUGCUGUGAUUAACUACCUGAGUACUCGUAAUUCCUCAGCAGAUGGCAGUCCCCUACUGCUAUUUCUGCGGGAUCAGACGAGCUCCAGACUCCUAGAGCAGGUGCUGCUGGUGUUGGAGCCCUCAAGGCUCCAGAGUCUCUUUGAGAAUCACUUCCAGGGGCAGUUGCAGACACUGGCUGCACAUCCCAUUGCCAACUUCCCUUUGCAGCGUUUACUGGAUGCAAUUACCACCCCUGAGUUGCUGUCUCCUGUAUUUGAGGAGCUGAGCCCUGCCCUGGAAGCUAUCCUGGCCCAGGGCCAUCCCGGGGUAGUCGUUGCCCUGGUGGGGGCUUGUUGCAGAGUUGGGGCCCACCAAGCCCAGGUCCUCCGGCUGUUGUUGGAGGCAUUCCACUGUGCAGAGCCCUCAUCUCGGCAAGUGGCCUGUGUGCCUCUUUUUGCCUCUUUGAUGACUUAUGAGGUGUAUUAUGGACUGAUGGAGGAGGAGGGGACAGUGCCUGUGGAGCACCAGGUGGAAAUGGCUGCAGCCAGGGCCUUGGGGGAAGUGACAGUCCUUGGGUCUGUAUUGCUCCAGCAUCUGCUGCACUUCUCCACUCCUGGUCUUAUACUUCAAAGUCUGGGUGCCUUGAAGGGACCACAACUUCUGGCUCUGGCCCAAAGUCCUACUGGCUCCCAUGUGCUUGAUGCCAUCUUGACCAGCCCCUCUGUAACACGAAAGCAGCGCCGCCGUGUGCUGCAGACCCUAAAGGUUAGUCUUCUGGCUUCUUCCUUGAUUCCCGCCAUCCAUUUAGAGUAUAUGAGCUUCCCCCAGAAUUGUACCUUCAGAGUCAAAGAGAGGAUAUAUAGUUCUCAGACUAUUUUGACUUCGCCUCUAAACUCUUUAGAAACUUCACUCCCUUCCUCCCCCUCAAACAUACUUUCAUGGACUUCCCUAGAGGGAUCUACCUUGCUUGUCUUAAUGCAGGGACAGUAUGUGGCUCUGGCCUGUAGUCGCCAUGGCAGUCGUGUGCUAGAUGCUAUCUGGAAUGGAGCAGCCUUGGGAGCCCGGAAGGAAAUUGCUACUGAGUUGGGGAAGCAGAACCAGGAGCUGAUAAGAGACCCUUUUGGCCACCAUGUGGCUCGAAAUGUGGCACUGACAACCUUCCUGAAGCGACGAGAGGCUUGGGAACAGCAGCAGGGUGCAGUGGCCAAGCGGAGGAGGGCACUGAACUCCAUACUUGAAGGCUAAGGCUUUUGGAUCUGGAACUGGGUGUUGGCGGGGAAAGGUGAAAGGGAGUAUCCGUCCCAUAUCUUUCCUAGUUUAAAUUGGAUUCAGAAGUCUUAUUGGUAAACAUUUUUAUAUUUUUA